UCGGCAAGUUUCUAAGUCUGAAAGAGGAACCUGCCUUGACUGUGGGUGCAGAGGAAAGGAUUGUCUGAGAGUAUAAAAGUCAAGCAUUGUCACAUAGAUGGUGCACGUCCUAUGACCUGAGAGCUUGUAAUGCCGUGAUAAGAUUUGGUGCAGCCAAUGACACAUUUCCUUCCUACUGUCUCCUAGACUGCCUCUGUCAUUUUUCCACCUCAGGAACUUCUAGGUUCUGUUGAGGUCCAGACGUCCUUCCAAGCCCAUUUAGACCACAGGUAACAACAGCAGUUUGGAAGGUUGGUCUUUUUCAUAGGAAUAAGUCACCUUGUGUCUGACAGGGAGUCACUCUGAGUGUGAGCAGCACCUACUACGAAACAUGAGGACUCUGCUGAUUCUCCUGCUGCUUUGCUGGGUCAGUUCCGCAGCAGAUGGGCUGAAAUGCUAUUCAUGUGCGGACACGAAUAACACCAUCUGUAACCAGAAAACGGAACCCUGCCAUCUUUUUGGGGGCACCUGCAUGACCAUCGUGCCAAAGACCGGUUAUCCCAAGAUAAUACUAAAGACAUGCACCACCUACGAUGAAUGUGAAAAGGUAUCCUUCAGAGCCUCCAUAGCCUUCAUCACCCAGCUAUUCACCGAAGAUAAGCCGGCCAUGGUCACCUGCUGCAGCACUGAUCUGUGUAACUUCAGCGGAGCCACGACUGCCCGUCUGCACACGCUGCUUCUGGUCCUGCCGCUGUGUGUCAUCUCUGCCCUCUGCUAUGUCAGCGCUUGACAUAUCCAUGCCCCUUAUGGUGAUACACUGUCAGUCAGCUUACA